AUGUCCAACUACCCCAGCGAGCCCGAGUUUGAGCAGGCCUACAAGGAGCUCGCGUCCACGCUCGAGGACAGCACCUUGUUCGACAAGUUCCCCCAGUACCGCACCGCCCUCGAGGUCGCCUCCGUCCCCGAGCGCGUCAUCCAGUUCCGCGUCGUCUGGGAGGACGACGCCGGCAAGCUGCGCGUCAACAGGGGCUACCGCGUCCAGUUCAACUCGGCCCUGGGGCCCUACAAGGGUGGCCUGCGCUUCCACCCCUCGGUCAACCUGUCCAUCCUCAAGUUCCUCGGCUUCGAGCAGAUCUUCAAGAAUGCCCUCACGGGCCUCAACAUGGGCGGCGGCAAGGGCGGUGCCGACUUUGACCCCAAGGGCAAGUCGGACAACGAGAUCCGCCGCUUCUGCCAGGCGUUUAUGCGCGAGCUGAGCAAGCACAUUGGCGCCGACACGGACGUGCCCGCGGGCGACAUUGGCGUGUCCGGCCGCGAGAUUGGCUACAUGUUCGGCGCCUACCGCCAGGCGCGCAACCGCUGGGACGGCGUCCUGACCGGCAAGGGCCUCACCUGGGGCGGCUCCCUAAUCCGCCCCGAGGCCACGGGCUACGGCCUCGUCUACUACGUCGCCCACAUGCUCGAGCACGCCGGCCGCGGCACCUUUGCCGGCAAGCGCGUCGCCCUCUCCGGCUCGGGCAACGUCGCCCAGUACGCCGCCCUCAAGUGCAUCGAGCUCGGCGCCACCGUCGUCUCCCUCUCCGACUCUCAGGGCGCCCUCAUCGCCACCACCGACGCCGGCUUCUCCGCUCGCCAGAUUGAGACCAUUGCCCAGCUCAAGGUCGAGCGCAAGGCCCUGACCGCCUUUGACCAGAACGGCAGCUUCAAGUACGUCGCCGGCGCCCGCCCCUGGACCCACGUCGGCAAGGUCGACAUUGCCCUCCCGAGCGCCACCCAGAACGAGGUCUCGGGCGACGAGGCCAAGGCUCUCGUCGAGGCUGGCUGCUUCGCCGUCGCCGAGGGCAGCAACAUGGGCUGCACCCAGGACGCCAUUGACGUCUUUGAGGCCGAGCGCCGCGCCAAGGGCCAGCAGGCCGUCUGGUACGCGCCCGGCAAGGCGGCCAACUGCGGCGGCGUCGCCGUCUCCGGUCUCGAGAUGGCCCAGAACUCGCAGCGCUACUCGUGGACCCAGGAGGAGGUCGACCGCAAGCUGCAGGAGAUUAUGAAGUCGGCCUUUGACGACGGCCUCGCCACCGCCAAGGAGUACGUCAAGGCCGCCGACGGCGAGCUGCCCAGCCUCGUGGCCGGCAGCAACAUUGCCGGCUUCAUCAAGGUCGUGCGCGCCAUGCACGAUCAGGGCGACUGGUUUGCCUGA